AUGGCGUCAAUCGUUCGGGCACCAUCCCUGCUGUUCCCCGCAACAUCGCGGCACACUGCGACUGUCAUCUUCGUCCACGGUCUGGGCGACACAGGUCAUGGCUGGGCGGGCGCCGUUGAGAACUGGCGCCGGCGGCAGCGCCUUGAUGAGGUCAAAUUCAUCCUGCCCCAUGCCCCGUCGAUUCCAAUCACCUGCAACAUGGGCAUGAGAAUGCCUGGGUGGUAUGAUAUUCACACUAUCGACGGCAACGUCGAGUCCAUUCGCCGCAACGAGGACGAGGCUGGCAUCCUGCUGAGCCAGGCGUAUUUCCACGACCUCAUCCAAAAGGAGAUUGACGCUGGCAUCCCCGCCGACCGCAUUGUAGUCGGAGGUUUCAGCCAGGGCGGCGCCAUGAGCUUGUUCAGCGGUCUUACCUCGAAGGUGAAGCUGGCUGGUAUCGUGGCGCUCUCGUCCUACCUGCUGCUGAGUCUCAAGUUUGCCGAGCUAGUACCCAAGCCCGAGUCGAACAAGGACACGCCCAUCUUCAUGGGCCACGGUGACUCGGACCAGGUCGUUAACACGGCGCUCGGGAAGAAGUCGUACGACCUAUUGAAGGAUUUGGGAUACAAUGCCACGUUGAAGAUUUACGAGAACAUGGGGCACUCGGCUUGCGUGGAGGAAUGGGACGACGUCGAGGCCUUCCUGACAGAACGGCUUCCGGCGUUGGGGAACGAGGGCAAGUCUGAGCUCUAG